CGCCUCUCAUCAGCACUGCAGGGUCUGGACUUUUGGUGUCUUGCUUCACGUUUCCGCUCAGUGUCACAUUGUCCUCUACUGCUGUCGGCGAGCUGUAGGACAAACCCGCUGAAAUCAUGGUGUUCGAGGAGAAAAUGAUCCUAAACGGAGACCCAGAGGAGGAGGAAGAAGAGGAGGAGGAAGAAGAGGAAUUGGUGGAUCCCUUAGAGACAAUCAGGCAGAAAUGUGAGGAGACCGAGCACUGUGUCCACACACGGGAGAAACUGGAGGCCUGUGAAACCAGAGUGGGCUCACGGUCAGAGACUACAGAGGACUGCACUGAGGAGCUGUUCGAUUUCCUGCAUGCGCGUGACCACUGUGUGGCCCACAAGGUCUUUCAUUCAGUUAAAUGAAGCCCAUCAGACCCUCAUCAUCGCUUCUAGGUGGAUGUCCUACAAGAAUCAGAACAAAGCUCCAACGUUAUCUAUAGGCAGUGAUGUGAUUGCUGACAUGUUCUUCAGUUCAGCCACCCUACUGUAUCCAGCAGCUUAUCUAAUGUGUUUAUGUUCAUGAAUUGUGAAUAAAAUGUUAUAAUGUGUACAUCUUCAAAAUAAAAAUUAGUAUAUAAUGA